UCUAUGUCUAUGGAAACGACACUCACUGCUAUUCUGGCAUUACGUCAAUGGUGGAGGUCUCAUUGGAUCUUGGGAGGAGUUGCUGUGACCGCCAUUGUUACAACUCUUCGUCAUAUUACGGAACGUAGCGAGAUUCCGAUUUACUCGCGUUUCCCGUAGCCGCGUGUCGAGGACGAAGGGCUGUUUUUCUGGUGUAACUUGCACAAGCGCGGAUCACAGACAUCCAUCAACUAGCGCAUUCUCGGCGUAGCAUGUCCACGAUGAAUCCCGAGUACGAUUAUCUGUUUAAACUGCUUUUAAUUGGAGACUCUGGCGUUGGAAAAUCCUGUCUCUUGUUGCGCUUUGCCGACGACACAUAUACAGAAAGUUACAUCAGUACCAUUGGCGUCGACUUUAAGAUUCGAACCAUCGAUCUGGAUGGGAAGACGAUAAAGUUACAAAUCUGGGAUACGGCGGGUCAGGAACGGUUCAGAACAAUCACGAGUUCUUAUUAUCGAGGUGCGCACGGUAUCAUUGUUGUUUACGACUGCACGGACCAAGAGACUUUUAAUAAUGUAAAACAGUGGUUGGAGGAGAUCGAUCGUUACGCCUGUGAUAACGUCAAUAAGCUGUUAGUCGGCAAUAAAUGUGAUCUACACACUAAGAAAGUAGUGGAUUAUACAACGGCCAAGGAGUAUGCUGAUCAGCUUGGUAUACCAUUCUUGGAAACGUCCGCGAAAAAUGCGAUGAACGUAGAGCAAGCUUUUAUGACAAUGGCUGCUGAAAUAAAACUUAGAGUGGGCCCGCCGUCGAGCGGAGCGAGCGAUCCAGCCAACAAGGUGAAGAUAGAACAUGGGCGUCCAAUUGAAUCUUCUAAAUCCGGAUGCUGCUGAGAGCUAUAAUCUCGUGUCUUGUUUAACCAAAAAACAUCUAACGUGGUUGCGGUCCGGGUACUGCAAAAUUAAACUUAUUACCGCAAGUAUAAGAACGUACAUGGAAGUUUAGUUUACCCCAACGAGGAAAAAAAGAAGAGGAAAAAAAACAGAAUCUAACACUCAUGGACCACCAACUCUUCCUCGGAGUUGUACGAAGCUCGUUAUCUCCGCCUGCCCCAAAAUUUCGUUUUUGUAGCUAUCCUUCUUUCCAAAGAAGAAAAGACGUGGUUAAUUGACGCUAUUUUCUAGUAUAAAGUUCGACUUUAGAUAAAUUUGUCGAAUUAGUAUUGAUAAUAUCGAGUGAGUGUAGGUAUGCGUGUAAUGGGGGGGGGGGGGAGGGCAACUCUGGUCUCGAGAAGCCAAUUUAACCAAUAUUGCGUACGGCGGUUAUUGCGAUAAGCACUUUAAUUUUCUUUUUUAGCCUAAUUGUAAUAUGUACAAUAGAAUAUGUGUUUGGCUCCACAGCCAUUUCUAUUCCUCUAUACAAUAAUCCAGAACGUUUUCUCAUGUUUUCCGUUCUAUAUUUUCUUCUAGACGCGCAGAGGGUCAGGUCUUUUUUUUCUAGUGAGAUUCCACAAGCCACGCGCCACCCUUUCCUUUCUUUCUCACUGCUCGUUAUAUAAAUAUAUAUAGUGUAAUUUAAUAACAAUAAAUAUUUCAAUGCUAACUCGGAGCGCAUACGUGGCGUACUCUUAUCGUGCACAUCUAUUUGUGUGUGGGUGUGUAUAUGUGUGUGUGUGUGUGAGUGAGUGUGUAUGUAUAUAUAUAUAUAUAUAUAUACAUACAAAUAUGUGUACAAUUUAUUUAAGAAAUGCUACUUGCAUGUAUCAAACCAAACGACAGAGUGCGAAAUCUUGGUUUGUACCUUUCCCGAAUUUUGUCAUCAAUCCUCGGCACGUUACUUUUUUUUUUUAAUAAUUUGAAUACGAUCUGAAAGUAAGCAUCGCAAGUCCACGAACUAGCUCCGAUCGUGCGGAAAAGCGGGAAUAUUUUAUACGAGUUAAAAAUAUUACAGUUACAUGUAAUCCAAAUCAUAGCUUUGUAUCAUGAGGGCUAUUUGUGACGGGUAUACGAUAUAAUGGCAUUCGAAAAAUUACAGAUAUAGUGACUGUAAUUAUAUGAGGUAAGAGUGAAAAUAAACUGCUAUCUAUCCAA